AUGAUAGAAUUACCUCAAUGCCCUCCUGAAUUAAAUCAAAAAGUUUUUGAAAUGAUGGAGAGUUCCGGACAAAACAACAGAUUAUGCGCAGAUUAUUUUACAGAUUUCGCAUUUGAAUGUCUUGAUUCAAAUAUUAAAUAUUUUAAGGCUCCUGUUCAUGUUAAUAGAGAUCAAGCAAAUAAAAUAGCAGCUCGCUUGAUAAUGGAAUUCUUACAAGAAAAAGAUCUCGUUAGAACACUUAAUGUUGUAAUUAAAGAGGGAAAGAGUGAUCUUUUUAGCGAUGUUAAUGAUGCAGACUUAAGUGCUCUUGAAUUAAAUCCAAGAAUACCACCAAUUAAGAAAUUAAUGAGGCAAAGAUAUGCUUUACCUGAAGAGUCUGAAGGUUGGUUUAACAUUGAUUCUCAAGUUGAAACGACUAUUCAUGAUGAUGACGAUUCAGAAGGCGGAUCUACAUUCUCAGUUGCUACAAUUUUAGAAAAAGUUGAUAGAAAGAAUGCUCAUGAGAGUUUAAUUGGUUAUGCUAGGCCAAAACAAACGAAAAGGCCACGCUACACAUGCAAUUUCAGCGUUGCCAGUAAAUCUCUAUCUUACAAAUCUGAUAACGUUCAAAAUCCUAGCAAUGAUUCACGUCAUCUGAACUUAGAUGCUGAAAGUAAAGGCAUCUCAAUAAAAAGUGAUACAAAAUCAAGGAAAUCACAUCAUUCCAAGAAUCUUAACUAG